GUCUUAUAGGUUUAACGGCAAAAGUUUUAGUCGUGAACCUCCGAUGGGGAUUUCGCACUUGUCACUUGUUUCAUGUUACACUGCGCAAGCACAAUCGCCAAUGUUGGCAGCGUUGCAUCUUAGUCAAGAUCUCUCAUGAACCCAUCGGUAGGCAAGGGUACACUGCGAUGGAACAGUAAAAAUAGCUGGACGGCAUUUUUCACACAAUCAGCAUUAUCCAAUGUGUGUACAGCCAGUAUGUAGAGUUACAAAUGGAGGCGGGUUUGCACGAUACAUAAGAAAGGUUCGAAGCCGGCUCUGGAGAUCUCUUGCCUUUUCCGUUAUCAUCGCUUGAUCGACUCUGGUAGUCUAGCAUUCUACCAUCAGUUUCAACGCAUUUCACUCUACCUCUUCAUUGAUACCUGCUCUCUCAUACUCUCAAGGCGAACCGUCAAGAUGCGCAUGUCUACACUGGCCGCGGCCGUGCUGCCCGCUGCAGUUCUGGCAAACAGAGUCGCUCCCUUAAACAUGCGUAACACUGCCAUUAAGGGCGAAUACAUUGUUCAACUAUUUGAUGAAGCCAGCUUAACUUCAGAUGAUGGCGCCAUGAAGAUCCUCAAAGAAGAGCCUCGAUACACCUGGAAGAGCGCUAUUAACGGCUUCUCGGCCACCAUGGACGAACAGACACUUGAAGCUAUGCGCCAACACCCCGACGUCAAGCAAAUCACUGAAAAUGGAAUGGUUCACGCUGCUGGUUGGGCAAUCCCUGGUACUGAAGGCCCCAUUGUCCACCAAAGCCCCAACCCUGCCAACGACUGGCUCAAGCAGGACAAGCCUGUGUGGGGUUUGGCCAGAUCAUCAAACAAAGCCCCCAAGGGUACCGUUUAUGAGUACCACAAGUCCCAAGGUGAGGGUAUCUGUGCCUGGGUCCUUGAUACUGGCAUUGAUGCUAAGCACCCUGAGUUUGAGGGUCGCGCUGAGAACGUCUUGAACAUGAUUAAGAAAGAAGAGAACACCGACUUGAACAACCACGGCACUCACUGUGCAGGUACCAUCGGAUCCAAGACAUAUGGUAUUGCCAAGAAGGUGUUGCUCAAGUCGAUCAAAGUUCUUGGUGCCAAUGCUAGUGGCCCUGAUGACGGUAUUGUUGAAGCAAUCAACUGGAUGCUAGAAAACCUUCCCAAGCGCGAUGACUGUAAGGGUGGUCACGUUGUCAAUAUGAGCUUUACUGCGGAUAACAUUCACCCCGCUAUGAAGGAGGGUUGUGCCAAGCUUGUCAAGGCUGGCUGGCCUGUUGCUGUUGCUUCAGGCAACAGCAACCGCGACGCCAGCAAGGAUUCUCCUGGUGAUGAGCCUCUUGUUUGCACAGCCGCUGCCACCGACGCUGUAAGUUUUCUAGUCUCCGGUCGCACAACCUACUAUGCUCUAUUCUAACAACAAGUGUAUCACAGAGCGAUAAGAAGGCGUCCUUCUCUAACUUCGGCAAGCUUAUUGACCUCAACGCACCUGGCAUGAUGAUCG